AUGAAGGGCGCAGCAAUAUGCAGAGAAUGCCUGCAGGCAUAUCGAGCAACAUCACAAGCAGCUCGCGUACCAUCGAACGCGAUCUCUCGACCACCAAAGAAUAGUCUGCGCACCUUCUCGUCACAUACAUCAUGGAGACAGCAGGAAGCCCAUCAAUCUCCCGCCUCAGCAUCCUCACACCCACCACCGCCGCAACCAUCCCCUGGCGACCCCACACCAACACAGAUGCAGUCCGCCAUCCGCAGCAACCUCUCCUCCUCGCCGCGCAUGAUCAAGAUCGCCGAGACAGUCCGACGCGUGACCGGGUCCGCCACGGACACCUACCUCGUCUACGGCGCGACCGAACGGUUCUUCCGCUCCUGCGCCGCCCAGGCGCCCUACACCAUUCCUGACGACCAACGUACCCAGAUCGUCUCUGGCCGCGGCCCGCCGAAGACUGCACAAGGCGAGGACAUCGGCGUUCCGGACGAGAGCAGCACGAAUGUCGGCAGCGUUUUCUGGCACGAGCAACUCGGUCUGCUGCCGACAUUCAGCACGUGGAGCCAGGUCACAUAUAUCCACUUCUACAUUCUACUGGUGCAUUUCCGGACGAUGGAGAAAUAUUCACUGCUGCAGAUGUAUCAGCGCUACUUGAUUGAGCAUUUCAGUCAGAAUGCGGAGGAUAAGAUGGUGUUGCUGCAUACGAUUGAGGCGAGAGGAAUCAGGAAUCGUUAUCUGAAGGACUUGUUCAUGCAGUGGCGUGGGUGUAUUGCGGCAUAUGAUGAGGGGCUGGUCAAAGGUGAUGCGACGCUAGGUGCGGCGAUCUGGAGAAAUCUGUUCAAAGGCGAGGAACAGGUGGACUGGGAGAAGGUCGCGGUUGUGGUGGCGUAUAUGCGGCGCUGUAUCAGUAUAAUUGGGGAGUAUAAGGGUAACCUGGAUGCGCAGGAGGCGCUAGAUGGCCCCGAUGGUGUGUGGGCGAGAGCGAAGCAGGGUCUGUUCGAUGAGGCCCAAAAAGAUAGCGAGGGUAUUCACGAACAGCUGUGA